GCUCAAUCACCGCCUGCAUUGCUCACUCUCCAAUUCUCUUCCGGCGAUUUGAAUCUCUGCCGGACCUCCACAACAGGUUGAGAACAACACAUUCAUUCAUUAGCUAUAUACGAGAAGAAAGGGAAAGAGAAGAGAGGGGCCACCCUCGUCUCUGCCUGGCACUCGAGGUGGAGAAUUGAGAGUAGAGAGGGACCGAAUUCGGAGCAUUGAGGGAGAGAAAUAUGAGUUUCAGAGAGGAUAACGAGGAAGGAAGGGAUCUUAGGAAGCCCUUCCUCCAUACGGGGAGCUGGUAUCGUAUGGGUUCGAGGCAGUCUAGCAUGAUGGAGAAGCUCGGUUCUUCCACUAUGGUCAUCCGAGACAACUCCAUCUCUGUUUUGCUUUGCGUUCUCAUCGUUGCUUUGGGCCCUAUUCAGUUCGGCUUUACCGGUGGCUAUUCUUCCCCUACGCAAGCGGCCAUCAUCAGUGAUCUCGGGCUUUCAAUCUCCGAGUUCUCGAUAUUUGGGUCUCUAUCGAAUGUAGGAGCCAUGGUUGGGGCAAUAGCCAGCGGUCAAAUUGCAGAGUACAUAGGAAGGAAAGGGUCGUUGAUGAUUGCUUCUAUCCCUAAUAUCAUUGGAUGGCUAGCAAUAUCUUUUGCCCAUGAUUCUUCAUUUUUGUACAUGGGGAGGUUGUUGGAAGGAUUUGGCGUAGGAGUUAUCUCUUACACAGUGCCAGUAUAUAUAGCAGAGAUAGCACCUCAGAACAUGCGAGGAGGCCUUGGAUCAGUGAAUCAGCUAUCAGUUACAAUUGGAAUAAUGUUGGCUUAUAUUUUGGGGAUUUUUGUUAACUGGAGAGUUCUUGCGGUUUUAGGAAUCCUGCCCUGUACAAUUUUGAUACCUGGUUUGUUUUUCAUCCCUGAAUCUCCCCGAUGGCUGGCAAAAAUGGGUAUGAUGGAUGAAUUUGAAGCUUCAUUGCAAGUUCUACGGGGUUUUGAUACUGACAUAUCCGUUGAAGUGAAUGAAAUCAAGAGGUCUGUUGCAUCAACAACCAGAAGAACUACGAUCCGGUUUUCCGAUCUGAAACAAAGAAGAUAUUGGUUUCCUUUAACGAUGGGAAUUGGAUUACUUGUGCUGCAGCAGGCUAGUGGAAUCAAUGGUGUUCUAUUUUAUUCCACCACCAUUUUUGAAGCUGCUGGUAUUUCCUCAAGUAAUGUUGCAACAUGUGGAGUUGGUGCUAUUCAGGUUCUUGCCACUGGAGUAACAACAUGGUUGGUCGACAAAGCUGGCCGUCGGCUUCUUCUUAUAGUCUCUUCAUCUGGAAUGACUGUCAGUCUUCUACUUGUUUCAAUAUGUUUUUACGUCAAGGAUAUUCUAUCUGAAGAAUCUCGAUUUUAUAGUCUGAUGGGCAUAUUAUCCGUGGUCGGGAUUGUGACCUUCGUGCUUACCUUUUCUCUAGGAGUUGGAGCUAUCCCAUGGGUUAUAAUGUCAGAGGUAAUGCCAGUGAAUAUUAAGAGUCUUGCUGGAAGUGUAGCAACGUUGUUCAACUGGUUAACCUCUUGGGUCAUUACAAUGACUGCAAACUUGCUUUUGACUUGGAGCAGUGGAGGUACCUUCACCCUUUACACAAUCGUGAGUGCUUUUACUGUGGUAUUUGUGGCACUUUGGGUCCCUGAGACAAAGGGGAGAACUCUUGAGGAAAUUCAGUGGUCCUUCAGAUGAAAUUUUUUGUCGGAAUAUCUGGUUUCUCAAUUGCUGUUUUGUAAUUGCCUAGUUUAACAUUGUGCCAAAGCAAAUUUGUAAUCUUAGUCCGGCAUAAAGGGAACUCUUACAUCUUCCAUCACCCAUAGGUUUGUUUCACCUUCCUUUUUUAUUAUAAUCCAGGUCCCUAUAUAUUGUACCAUGUGUUGUAAUUCUAUUUGAAUAAAUCAUAUACAUUUUUUGUGCCCAUUGUAUUAUUUAAUUCAUCACAAUCAAUUC